AUGGACAGAUUCAACCGAAUGCUACAGGCCGCCCAGAUGGGCGUGGGCGGUGGACAAGGUGGCGGCGACCAAGUGAACCUCGUCGAUAACUCGGAAACGGUCUAUAUCUCAUCACUGGCACUCCUCAAGAUGUUAAGACAUGGUCGCGCAGGAGUACCGAUGGAAGUCAUGGGCUUGAUGCUCGGAGAAUUCGUCGACGACUUCACAGUGCGAGUAGUAGAUGUCUUCGCCAUGCCACAGUCCGGUACCUCUGUCUCGGUCGAAUCGGUCGAUCCAGUAUUUCAGACAAAGAUGAUGGACAUGCUGCGGCAGACCGGACGGCCAGAGACUGUUGUUGGCUGGUACCACUCACAUCCUGGCUUCGGCUGUUGGCUCUCGAGCGUCGAUAUCAACACACAACAAUCCUUCGAACAGUUGACGCCACGAGCGGUUGCUGUGGUCGUCGAUCCCAUACAGUCCGUCAAAGGCAAGGUCGUCAUCGACGCCUUCCGCCUGAUCAACCCUCAGACUCUCAUGAUGGGGCAAGAGCCGAGACAAACUACCUCAAAUCUGGGCCACCUCAACAAGCCCUCGAUACAAGCCCUCAUCCACGGCCUCAACAGACACUACUACAGCAUCGGCAUUCAGUAUCGGAAAACGGGGUUGGAGGAGAACAUGCUCAUGAAUUUACACAAGGAAGUCUGGACAGAAGGCCUCGAAUUACCAAGCAGCUUCGGAGGCGAGAGAAAGAAGAACGAGGAUAGUCUGAAGAGACUGGUGGACCUGGCAGACGGCUACGAGAAGCGAGUACGGGAGGAGACGGAGCUCACAAAGGAGCAGCUGAAGACAAGAUAUGUGGGCAAAGUCGAUCCGAAAAAGCACAUCGAAGACGUCGGACAGCAAUUGAUCGAAGACAACAUUGUGGCGGUGUCACGGCAAAUGAUCGAUAAGGAGGCUUCGGUGGCGAAGAAGGCUGGUCCGGUCAAUGGGCAUCAUAAUGGGACAAUGGAGGUCCACGAUGAAUGA